GAGGUCAGAGGGUAAAGGUCACCGGGAAUAAAGUAAGAUGGCGGCCGCCAAGCGUGUUUUGUACGUUGGUGGUCUUGCUGAGGAGGUGGAUGAGAAAAUUUUGCAUGCAGCUUUUAUCCCUUUUGGAGAUAUCACAGACAUUCAGAUACCACUUGAUUAUGAAACUGAGAAACACAGAGGAUUUGCUUUUGUGGAAUUUGAAAUCCCAGAGGAUGCUGCUGCUGCUAUUGAUAACAUGAAUGAGUCCGAAUUAUUUGGAAGAACGAUACGUGUCAAUCUGGCUAAACCCAUGAGGCUAAAAGAAGGUUCUUCUAAAGCUGUUUGGUCUGAUGAUGACUGGCUAAAGAAGUUCUCUGGAAAAACAUUGGAAGAAAAUCAAGAAGGGGAAAUAACAGAUGCAUCCAAACCAGAAAUUAAAGAGGGAGAACCACCAGCAAAAAAAGUACGUGCAAACCCACAAGUUUACAUGGAUGUUAAGAUAGGGAACAAACCUGCUGGUCGAAUUCGAUUCUUGCUUCGAGCAGAUAUUGUGCCGAUGACAGCAGAAAACUUCCGCUGCUUGUGCACCCAUGAAAAGGGAUUUGGCUUCAAGGGCAGUAGUUUCCACAGAGUCAUUCCGCAGUUCAUGUGCCAGGCUGGAGAUUUUACCAAUCACAAUGGUACAGGAGGGAAAUCUAUAUAUGGCUCCAAGUUUGAAGAUGAAAACUUUAUUUUGAAACACACUGGUCCAGGAUUGUUGUCAAUGGCAAAUUCUGGAACCAACACCAACGGCUCUCAGUUCUUUAUCACUUGUGACAAGACAGACUGGCUUGAUGGGAAACAUGUGGUAUUUGGAGAAGUGAUGGAAGGAAUGGAUGUGGUGCAGCUAAUAGAGGCUCAGGGUAGCAAGGAUGGGAAACCUAAACAAAAAGUGAUCAUCUCGGACUGUGGGGAAUAUGUGUGAUGUUUGGUCUUUUUGGUUGUAUGAUGUAAUUAUAUUAUUCAAAAAUAUUUUGUAAAUUUUCUUUUGAUAAAUAAAACCUCUCAUUUUUU